ACGGAGUAUUAUAAAUUCAAAUAAGUUGACCUAAGUUCUUUUCGGAUAAAUGCUUAGAAGAAAACACACCCUGCUACAGUACUACCCUCUCCUCUCCAUCCCCACCACCUCCACGGCACCAACUCGCCACCUCACCUCCCACUGGUUCACCAAUCCACCACAGCAAUUUAGGGUACCUCCUCUUCUUCCUCCGUUUCCGGCAACCUGGAAUACUGGGAACAUUCAAUUGGGUUUGUUCAGGUAUUUGCAAUUGGGGUUUGAGUAAAUUUUAAACAUCUCCAUGGAAGAAAGCUCUAAGCAAAGUGGGAAUUCUCAUCAUUUUGAGGAUUUUCUUGAUGAGGAAGGUGAGAACGAUGAGGUUGUUGAAGCGGUGCAAGCACAUGUGAAAAAAAAGCCUUCAACUGACCAUGUUUUAGGGGUGAACACACCCCAAAUUCAUGCUAGCUUGACUAGAAAUGGGCUUGAGAACAUGGCAAUGGCAGAUAUGAAUUUGUGUAAUGUCACCGAUCAAGAGAGUAGAUUGAAGUUAGGGGAUGGUGAUGUAAAUGCCUUGUUGGAAUUUUUCACUAAGAUGGCUGCGGAUAACCAGAACCUUUUCUAUAGGUAUAGAGUUGAUCAAUUUGGCAGGUUGAAGGAUGUGAUGUGGGUUGAUGCACGGGGUAGGGUGGCUUAUGAGGAGUUUGGCGAUGUUGUUUGGUUUGAUACAACAUAUCUCACCAAUGGGUACGAGUUGCCUUUGGUGACUUUUGUUGGAGUAAAUCAUCAUGGAAAAUCUAUAUUGUUUGGUUGUGCACUAAUAUCUCAUGAAACUUUGGAGACGUUUCAGUGGUUGUUCAACACCUGGUUACUAUGUAUGGGUGGGAAAGCCCCGAUUGGCAUCUUAACUGAUAAAGAUGUUGCAAUGAGAAAGGCCCUCUCAGUAGUAAUGCCACAAUCCCGGCAUGGUUGGAGCUUGCGGCACAUACUACUAAAGAGUUUUAGUAAGAAGUUGUUAGGUGCUUUUGAAAGGUAUCAAGAAUUUAAGGAGGUUUUACAUAAUGUUAUAUAUGAUAGUUUGAUGCCCGAAGUGUUUGAGGUUGAUUGGAGUUCUGCAGUGAAGGAGUUUGACCUCGAAAGCAAUGAUUGGCUUGCAGGAUUGUUUCAGGAGAGGGAAAUGUGGGUCCCAGCCUACAUGAACCAAUUUUUUUGGGCUGGCAUGAAAACUACUCAACGUAUAGGGAGCAUUAGCAGUUUCUUUAAUAGGUACUUGAAGAAGCACACCCGAUUACCUGAGUUUGCAUCACUAUAUUGUGAAGCUAUGGAAACUAACGUAUACGAUGAAGGGAAAGAUGAUGCAGACACAAGUCGCUACGUAAGGCAAGUUGUUACUGUGUUUCCUGUUGAAGUUCUGCUCCAAAAGUUGUACACAGAUGCAAAGUUCAAGGAGGUCCAAUCGGAGGCUACAAGGAUGUUGUACGUUAAUCCACGUCCGCAAAAAAAGGUUUUAUCAGAUCAUGUUGUGGAGAUCACACUAGACGAUAGAGUUUGGAUAAUAUGCAAGUCCACGAAGAAGGAAAUCGUGUCCGAUAAGAAGUGUACUUAUAAGGUCAGGUUCAACCUCGAUAGUAAUAAAGCUUGGUGUGACUGCAAACUCUUUGAAUGCCGUGGAAUAAUGUGUAGGCAUCUCAUUAGGGUUUAUGACAUCUACCAUAUAGCUGAGGUCCCUGAGAUACAUUUUGAGGCGAUGGAGGAAGGACAUAAAAAGGAAGCAUACUCGGGUAAAAGUUGCUUAUCACGAUCCUUCAAAAACCCAAAAGGCACGAAGGUAUGAUAGAAUAAUGGCCGCUUUCAAACCCAUUUGUCUGAAGGCAUUGACAUCUGAGGACACGAUGAAUAUUGUUGUGGAGUGGAUACGAUUGUUGGACAUCCGUUUGGACAAUAUCAUAGCACAAAGGUCUCAAAAUGGUGAUUCACUGACCCAGUCUCCGUCGUAUGUCCAAAAUAAAAGGUUUUCCAACGUGAAAACCCCAACCUCUGGUAGUAAAAGUCUUGGAAAUUGCAGCAAACGGAAGGAGCCGUCACCCCCGGCUGAACAAAAGAGCCAUACACAGGAGAAUUCAUCAAGUAAUACACCCUAUGUCAAGGAUCCAAUAUCUCGGAAGAAAGCACAUAGCACUUGUGAGGUUUCCUUAGACUUGCAGCCAACAACUAAUGUAGCUAUUGUAGACCAACAAGUCACUUGCAUCCCUACUAUGGAUCUGUUUGGGGAUUUUAAACAGGUGGGGUCAGCCUAUGGAGGUGAAGCUGACUUAAUCUUUGAGAAUGCUAUGUCUGUUGGAGGCAUUGAGUUGCUUCACAAGGACGGCUCAAUCGGAAAUUUCACGCAGAUGGUUGGUACCAAUCAGGAGUCAGAACAGGAAUGCGGCGGCCAUUAUUAGAGGCGUAACAACAUGGAAGAAUAACUUUCUUACUAACUGAUAAUUUUGGUAUAACAUCUUUGUAAUUUUGUAGGGUAGUAAUGAGUCUACCACAGUUCGAUAACAUGCUCUGUGAAGUCAUGUCUCCUACUGGAAAUGAAGGAAGAAAAAAGAUGUAUCGCUUACCCUUUUGAGACAGUUCUGGUAAGUGGUAAAUGACUAGAUCCGGUAGUCUGGUCGUGUGGUAGUAUUACGAAGCAUAUGGUAGUCUUAGUAUUGUAGAUGUCGCACUCUGGCAAUACAUUAUAUAGCUGUGGUAGUGUAUAUUGUAUGUCUGCUAAACUGCAGGCACUAAUGAGUCUAUAGUAGCAAGCUAGUAGCGCGUAUUUUAGGGCUAAAUGUAAACUUGCAUAUUGUGGCGUCUAAAAAGUAUGUCUGGUACUCAUGAUUCAUGAGGCA